AUGACCAAAUACUCGGCAAUAAGCGAUGAGGAACCGACACCUCCAUUUACUACAGUUGGUAAUCCUUCAGUAAUUGGUUCUUUAGAUCAAGAUCCGUUACUGAGUGACCAAGUGAUUGAAGUGGAAGAAGACCUCAACAACCCUCUUGCAACGGCUAGCUAUUUUUCCUGCGCGAUUAAUCUUGCCAACACUAUACUUGGUACCGGUAUGCUGGCUAUGCCGGCUGCUAUAGCCUCAGUUGGUAUAAUAUUAGGCAGUUUCAUGAUUGUUUUCUCGGCUUUCGCUUCGGGAUUAGGAUUAUAUUUUUUGUCGCGCGCAGCUUCACGCACGGAAGGAAGACAAUCAUCUUUCUUUGCUGUCUCGAAAUUGACUUAUCCGAGCGCGGCUCUUUGGUUUGAUCUAGCGAUUGCGACCAAAUGCUUUGGUGUUAGUAUUUCGUAUCUUAUUAUAAUUGGUGAUUUGAUGCCACAAGUGGUUCAAGCGGUUGGGGAAAAACUUCUAGGCGGGGAUGAGUAUUCAAUCUUUUUAGAUCGCCGACUCUGGAUAACUCUAUCCAUGAUUGUUAUUGUUCCCUUAGCCUUUUUGAAACGAUUGGAUUCGCUACGAUACACGAGUUUAUUGGGAGUAAUUGCGGUUAUAUAUCUCUCAUUUAUUGUAGUCUAUAACUAUCUCGGUCCCGAUUUUGAAGCACCCCCCAAAGAAAAAAUUCAUUUAGUGAGAUUUUCAACAAAGUUUUUCACGCAUCUACCGUUAUUCGUGUUUGCUUUUACCUGUCAUCAAAAUAUCUUUACCAUCUACAAUGAACUCUUCGACAAUAGUCAGCAUAGAAUAAAUAGUGUGAUAGUUGGCGCGAUCGGAACAUCGUCUAUAAUUUAUCAGUUUAUCGGAAUCAUGGGAUAUUUGUCUUUUGGAGAUGAUGUCUUUCCGAAUAUCAUUACACAAUAUAAAACGAACAUGAUUGUAACAAUUGGUCGAGUGGCCAUCGUGAUUCACGUUUUAUUCACUUAUCCCCUUCAAGCACAUCCAUGUCGUGCUUGUUUGGAUAAAAUAAUUUCAUCUUGUUCCGGAUGGCGUCAAUCUAGCAAUGUCAACAGCACUGAAAAUUUAUUGAAUGUGCAACGAGACAAAGUUCCACCAACAACUUCACAUCAAAAAUAUAUUUUAAUGACAACAGGGAUCUUGGUAUCGAGUUACCUGAUUGCAAUGGUUGUCUCCCAAUUAGAUCUGGUUUUAGCCUUCGUUGGAUCCACCGGAUCAACAACAAUCUCAUUCAUCCUUCCCGGAAUAUUCUAUUACAAAAUCCACGAGGAACACGCAUGGACAAAGAAAAAGAUUUUAUCGGUAUGUUUGGCAGCGUAUGGAUUCGCGGUUGUGACGAUUUGCUUGACGUUGAAUAUUCUACGCGCGUUGAAUCUAAAUGAAUGA